UUUAGUUUGCGUUCAACAACGGUUGUCAUCCUUACAGAUAAUCUAAGGAAACGAAAACCAAUCAAACUACGAACUACAUUCCAAAUCAUUGAAAACUAAGUGUCGAAAGUGAUUCAUUCCAUUGUAAAUUAUAAGUGAAUUCUUUUUUUCGGUUUCGGUGAAACGAUAAAAACUACCCACAUCAAAAUGGUCUUCAACUUCAAAGUCUUCAAGAAGUGCUCCCCCAAUGGCAAGGUCACGAUCUACAUGGGAAAACGUGAUUUCGUCGAUCACGUGUCAGGAGUGGAACCGAUUGACGGUAUCGUCGUCCUAGAUGAUGAAUACAUUCGUGACCACCGCAAGGUCUUUGGGCAGAUUAUCUGCAGUUUCCGCUACGGUCGCGAAGAAGACGAAGUUAUGGGAUUGAACUUCCAAAAGGAACUCUACUUGGCCUCUGAACAAAUUUACCCACAGCCGGAAAAAUCUGGCAAAGAACAGACGAAACUGCAGGACCGUCUACUGAAGAAAUUGGGCCCCAAUGCGUUCCCCUUUACAUUCAACAUUUCUCCAAAUGCUCCAUCCUCGGUCACCCUGCAACAGGGUGAGAAAGAUCAAGGUGAACCAUGCGGAGUGUCCUACUACGUUAAGAUUUUCACCGGUGAGUCGGAGACUGAUCGCACUCAUCGUCGUAGCACGGUAUCCCUCGGAAUUCGCAAGAUCCAGUUCGCUCCGACCAAGCAAGGUCAGCAACCAUGCACGGUGGUGCGUAAGGACUUUAUGCUCAGUCCCGGAGAGCUUGAACUAGAGGUCACCUUGGACAAACAGCUGUAUCUACAUGGCGAAAGAAUCGGAGUAAAUCUCUGCAUCCGUAACAACUCAAACAAGGUGGUCAAAAAGGUAAAGGCUAUGAUUCAACAAGGAGUGGAUGUGGUUCUUUUCCAAAAUGGAAGCUAUCGCAAUACGGUUGCUUCGCUGGAGACUAGCGAAGGAUGUCCGAUCCAACCGGGAUCCAGCCUCCAAAAGGUUAUGUACCUAACUCCUCUGUAUUCGUCAAACAAACAAAGACGUGGCAUUGCUUUGGACGGACAGAUCAAGCGCCAAGAGCAGUGCUUAGCCUCGACCACUCUAUUGGCCCAACCGGAUCAACGUGACGCUUUCGGAAUCAUCGUAUCCUAUGCCGUUAAAGUGAAGCUCUUCCUUGGAGCACUUGGAGGCGAGCUGUCAGCUGAACUACCCUUCGUUCUGAUGUUCCCUAAGCCCGGUAGCAAAGCAAAGAUGAUUCACGCCGACAGUCAAGCUGAGGUGGAGACCUUCCGACAGGAUACCAUUGACCAGCAACAGUCGGUUGAUUUUGACUAAAUACUGACUUGACUUGACUGAUGCGGAUCCGUGCCAAUCACAACCGCUUUAGAUUACAGCUCCUGCUAGAAGGCAAAAAAUACAACCAGAACGCUAACACGAACGAACGAUACCUGGAACAUUUGAUCCUACAUUUGAAUUGAGCUAAUCGCACCACUAUUUAUUUUUUGCUUGAUUUUUCGUUUUCAAUUACAAAAGGUAACUUGACAAAGGUCACUUCAAUUGUUGUUAAAUUACUAAAUAAAAGUGAUAUAUUUGAGUAACAAUAUAUUUAAAACAAAAUACAUCCAAAAAUUGUAAAAUAAAAAAAAAAUUGGAACGAUGGCCAUCGGAAA